UUGUUCUUCUCUUUAAAAUUUCUGGGUAAAUCAGGUUUUGGGUCCCUCAUAUUUUUUAUUUAUUUUGUGCAGGAAAUGGUCAGACUUCCUUCCUCAAUUUCACUCUAUUUCCCAUAUACAAUGUGAGACAUUAACUUAUUUUCUUUAUUCGAAACACCAGCUUCGUUAAAUGAGUUGAGGGAAAAGGUACUUGAGAAAGAAAAAUGGGAACCUUAAAACUUUGGUUUACCCGAAAUUUCUUAACUUUAAUUUUGAUUUUUAGCUUUCUAAAUAUAUUUAAUCUAUUUAUUCACAAGAAUGGAGUGGUUUAAUGGAACAGUUGACGAUGCUUUGACUGAAUAUCAACAAAAGAGAGGAAUUUUGAUUGUUUAUGUUUAUGCAGAAAAUGAUGACAACUCCUCAAAACUCGAUGACCUUUUAAACUCGUUGGACAUUUCUGUUUUUGAAAGUAUUCCUUAUGUUGCUAUUCGUAUGGUUAAAGAAUCUGAAAAUGCUAAACAAUUUGCCCAAUUCUUUCCUACGCUUACUGUUCCAGUUUGUUAUAUUUUGGGGAUGAAUGCUCAACCUUUGGAGGUAAUUACAGGAUUGUCGGGCGUCACUUCAGACAAAUUGUUGGGUGAAUUUAAGAAGGCUGUUUUGUUAUUUAAAGAACAAAUUGGUGAAAUGAAGAAAGAUGACAUUCCUAAAGACAAAGUAGCGGAUCGAAUUGAGGAUAAAAAGGAAGAAACUGUUGUUGAGCAGAAAGAAGAGGCUGCUCCAGGAGAUGCAGGAGCUUCUGCUGAUGCGACAACUAGUCAGGAGAAAUUGGAAUAUUAUCGCAAAUUGCUUGAAGAGAAGAAAAAAUCUGAUGCUAAAAAAGAAGAGGAGGAAAAACAUAAAAAAGAAAUGGAACGUCGAAUGGAUGGUAAAGCAAUGGCUGAACUUCGUGAAAAACAAAGAGAAAGAGAAUUGAAAGAAGCAGCAGAAGAGCGUCGUCGUCAAAAAGCGGAAGAUGCUCAAGCAUUGCAACGAUUAAGAGACCAAAUUAAAUUGGAUAAAGAAGAACGUGCUGCUGCGGCUGCUUCUAAAAAUGGAACUGCUGGAGAAGAAAAUGCUAAAAAGGCAGAAAAGAAAGUGGAGACUGUGGAGAUGAAUAAGCCUGUUAAUAGUGAUGAAUGCCGUAUUCAGUGCCGUUUUCCGGAUGGUCAAACUUUAAUUAAAGUCUUCCCGUCUAAGGAACUUCUUCAAGUUGUUUUUGAUGCUGUUAAUGAGGAUGCUCGCAAACCUCCAAGUUUUUUUCUGAUGCAAACUUAUCCUCGUAAGAAGUUGACUGAUAUGAAUAAAUCGUUAUUGGAGUUGGGUCUUACUCCUUCUGCUGUUUUACUUGUCGUUUCGUCAAAAGAUGGAGAUGAAAACAAUCGUGGAGGUGGAUCAAUACUCCCAACAUAUGGAUAUUUUGAAAUGCUUAUUGGAUUCUUUUUUCUUCCAUUUUCGGCAAUAUGGCGUUUUUUAAAUUCUUUUUGGAAUAAUGGAGGAAGAACAAAUCAAAGAGGAACAAUAAAUACUUUGAGAGAAAAUAAUGACAAAAAUGAUGCCAACAAGAAUUCUUCCAAAAAGAAAAAUGAUAAAGGAGAAUCGACUGUAAAGGAUGGAAAUAUAAGACGAUUUAAAGAAGAUGCAGAUGAUCAUUCCGAUUCUGAAGCUAUGUGGAAUGGAAAUUCAACACAACAAUUGUAAAAAAUUUUGUGAUUUAAAAUUGUUUUAAAAAUUUUGGAAUUUAUGUUGGGUAUGCUUUUUUAAUUAUUUUUAUUUCUGCAAUCUAAAAGAGGGUGGGUGGGUGGGGGAACCUAAAAUAAUCAGGUCUAAUUAUGAAAAAUUUUUACAAGUUUUACUAAAAUAGAAAUUCUGCCUAAAUUUCUAAUUAAAGUUUUGAUUAAAAAAAUUUUAGGGGUUUGGUCAGUUUGAAGUUGUGAUAUCUUCGGAUAGGUUCUCGGGUUAGUUUAGGAUAUAUAAUUCUUGAUUUUAGUUUGUUGUGUUGAAUAUUAUCCACAAUUUUGGUUUCGCUUUUUUAAUUUUAAGGGUCUUGCUUUUACAUUAAUGCUCCUUGCAUUGUUCAACAAAGCCCUCCCUGCCUUUGCCAAUUUUCACAAUUGCCAUAUCCUAAACUGCCGACUGCAGUCAAAUCUAGGAUUACUUAAUUUUAAAAUUCAAAAAUUUAAC